AUGUCCGAUUCAUCCCUGGAGAACGGCUCUCACAAGGCCAUCGUGCCCGACGCGAAGGCCGUCGGAGAUGCUCCUCGGCGAGCAGAUGGCGUGUCUCAGCUGUACGAGGGCAACGUCUUCGAUGCUACCCCGGAGGACCGCCGUCAGAUCGGCGUCGUGAGCGCCUCCUUCCUGAUCUUCAACCGUAUCAUUGGAACGGGUAUCUUCGCGACCCCGAGUACGAUUCUGUCUUUGUCUGGUAGUGUCGGGCUGUCGUUGUUCAUGUGGGUGGCGGGUACGGCCAUUGCUAUGGCCGGUACCGCCGUCUAUCUGGAAUGGGGUACUGCGAUUCCUAAGAACGGUGGCGAGAAGAAUUACCUCGAAUAUGUCUUCAAGAAACCCAAGUUCCUGGCCACGGCCAUGUACGCCGCCUACGCUGUGUUGCUGGGCUGGGCCGCGAGCAACAGCGUGGUGUUCGGCGAGUACAUUCUGAACGCUGCGGACGUGGAGGUUGGCCGCUGGAACCAGCGUGGCAUCGGGUUGGCGUGUAUUACUGCCGCCUUUCUGAUCCAUGCCCUCGCUGUGAAAUGGGGCCUGCGUCUCCAGAACCUUCUCGGUGUGGUCAAGCUGGUCAUCAUCGUCUUCGUCGUUGUGUGCGGGUGGGUGGCGCUGGCGGGCCACAUGCACAUCGAAAACCCUCCCCAUAACUUUCGGAACGCCUUUGAGGGCACGACGGGCAGCGGCUAUGGAAUUGUCAUGGCUUUGUACAACGUUAUCUGGUCGUUUAUCGGCUACUCCAACGCCAACUAUGCCCUGAGCGAAACCAAGAACCCUACGCGCACUCUGAAGAUUGCUGCGCCUAUUGCCAUUGGCGCGGUGGGCAUCCUCUAUAUGCUCUGCAACAUCGCAUACUUUGCGGCCGUGCCGAAGGAGCAGUUCCUUUCGUCGGGCCAGACUGUCGCGGCCACUUUCUUCGGAAACAUGUUUGGCCAGCGUGCGGAGAAGGUCAUGUCGGUUUUCGUGGCGCUGUCUGCUUUUGGCAACGUUUUGUCGGUGAUCUUCUCCCAGGGUCGCAUUGUCCAGGAAUUGGGCCGUGAGGGCGUUCUGCCCUUCUCGAAGAUCUGGGCUAGCAACCGGCCAUUCAACUCGCCGGCGGCUGGUCUGUUCGAGCACUGGGUCGUGUCGAUCAUCAUCAUGUUGGCGCCGCCCCCGGGUGAUGCGUACAACUUCCUUGUCAACCUGAUCUCCUACCCGCUUUCCAUCGUCAACGUGUUCGUGUCCGGCGGACUGAUCUAUAUCUACCUGUUCAAGUCCCGCUUCCCGGACUGGGCCCCAGGCAUCCGCGCCACGCUGCCGGUGACCAUCUUCUUCUGCCUGUCGAACAUGUACCUGGUGGUGGCGCCGUACGUGCCGCCAAGCGAGGGCCAGAGCGUGUACGAGGAGCUGCCGUACUACCUGCACUGCGUGGUUGCGAUUGGGAUCUUCGCGCUGGGCGCGCUGUACUACGUCGUGUGGGCGGUGGUGCUGCCGCGGAUUGGCCGAUACAUGCUGGUGAAGGAGACGGUGGUGGACGCUGAUGGCUGGUCGCGCAGCGUGUUCACCAAGCUGCCGCUGUCGCAGUUGGGGUCACCGUCCGCAGCGGCAUCGGUGUCAACGCCUCCGCAGGACUUCUAA